AUGGAAGCCACUGCGCCGACCACCACCACCACUACAACGGGCACAGACGCCCUCGCCUACACCGCGGCCGAGAAGGCCUGGCUGGGCCAGCACUACAACAUCUACAAGGACGAGGAUCGCGAGGAGGGCAGGAGGAUCGUCCGGGCUCUCGUGACCGAAGCGAUUGAAGAAUGA